AUGACUUCAAGAGGCCUCUUAAGGGUUAUUAGACCGGUCUCUCCACUUGUCGUUAAACAACAACCUAUAAUCGCUGCUCCCCCUAGCACAUCUCCUUCUUCAAAACCUAUCGGCAAACAGACGGCCGCCGCUCCAACAAGUUGUCAAGUACUGGGGCCAGCGCGUCUUGAGGCUUUCCUCUGUGGAGAAGGAAGGUGGAGAAGCAUUCGGACGAGUGCUCGAUGCGACGGCGCGCACGUACUGUUCCACCCCGUGUUUGCUCUUCUCGCAACUCUCAGGGCGGGGGACGCGAGGCGACACUCGACCUCUCACCUCUCCAAAAUGCCUCGACAAACAGUUGGAGGGAGAACUCCGCCGUACUGUGGCUCCUUGGCAGACCGUCGCGAGCUUUUUCUUUCUUCUUGA